UUACGCUGAGGCCUUCUCGCGUCUCUCUCUCGAAAGGCGAUUAUCCUUGCGCAGCUGACCUUCGGUCUUCUUCGUCGCUACAUCUCAGAAACCGAUCAAUCAAUCAUCUUUAAUCCCCCCCCCCCCCAUUAAUCUAUCAUCCACGAUCUACAUUCAAUGCGAUGUGCAAGGCGUUUGGGUCGACUAUAAGAAGACCGGUCGCUCCUCUUCCACCGUCGAAGUGCGUUUGCUCCACUUCUGGGAGGCCAGAAACGUCCGCCGAGGUGGCGAGCUCAUGGGCAUCGACAUGCUCUUGCUUGACUCUCAGGCAACCGUGAUGCCGGCUACUGUGAACGUUAACCGUCUUGCAGCGCACCAGACUAAUUUUGAAGCGGGUUCGGUCUACUCCCUGACCGGUUUUGAAGUAACAAGGUGUAACCAGAAUUACCGCCUCUCGGACUCUUCUCUACUAAUCCGGUUCAGCGACUCCACCACUUUCGAGAAGAUCACUGAACCAGCUGUUCCGAUACCUCUUGAAUCAUUCCGGUUCCGUAACUAUAGUGAGAUGCUUGGUCUUGCUAACUCCAACAACCAGCUUCCAGAUCUUAUUGGAGAGAUCACUGCUGUCAAGAGUACGGUCACUGAUCCCCCUCAGGACAAGAAUCGUGUUAUGACGACCAUCAAGAUGGACAAUGACGCAUCUGUGACUAUGAGCCUCUUUGACGCUCAGGCUGUGAAGAUUCAUAACCAGCUCGAGCAGAUGGGAGUGGAUCCAAGGGUUUUCGUUGCAACAAGUGUUAAUCCGAAAAUAGUGGGAGGUCGUCUGUUUUUGAACGCAACAUCCGGUACACACAUCUAUUUCGACAAGGAAACAGAUGCAGGGGAGAGAUUGUUUUUCAGGUUGGUUGAGCAAGACACUGGGCUCCCACCAGUAGCUCCGCUGCUAAAGAGUUAUGCGAAGGUUGAGAAGCUGAGCAUUACUGAGCUCAAUGAUUUUGUCCUUUCUGCUGCGUCUUAGGACAUUGAUUUCAUUUGCACCGGAAAAGUUACCGAAAUCAAGGUGGACAAGGGGUGGUGCUAUGUUUCCUGUUCAAAAUGUUUCAAGAAACUCCACCGGUCUGUCUCAUCUCUCACAUGUCUGUUUUGCAACAACACGAAUGCAGUUGGUGUCCUUCGGUACCGUGUGGAGAUGUCAAUUGCAGACAAGACUGGUGAGGGUUUGUUUGUUGCAUUUGAUGGAGUUAUGGCGAAGCUCCAUAACAUGAGGGCCCAUGAAGCUGUCAACCUCUUGGCUGGUGAUGGGGUCAACCCCGAAGAAACUGAUACCCCUCUGUUUGUUCUUGACAUGGAGGGAAAGACAUACACGUUUCAGGUGAAGGUGGGCCCAUACAAUUUCACUGCAAAUCAUCAGAGCUUCACCAUUUCACGCAUUCUCGGCGAGGGUGACCGUGAGCCACAGCCUGACUUCGUUAAUGAUGGUGGUGACGAUGACAAUGGAGAUGACAACAAGGAUGCUGGUUUGGUGAGUCGUAAGAUGGACGGUGGUGGAUGUAGCAAAUCUGGAAAAGCAUCUGCUAAGUCGAAGAAGGCACGGAAGGCAUAAGUGGAACUGGAAACACAUAGUUUUCUUCUCAAUAAUAAUAAAGUCGUUUUUUAUAUGAACAAGUAUGGAUUUGAAAUUUCUAUUUUGGUGUUUUUAUCAUUGUUGACAUUUGAGUUGUUUUCUUAUAAACAAGUAUGCAUUUCAUAUUUACUUCUA